CAUGUAAUUUACUUUAUACUGUAAUAUGAUUGACCCUCGUGAAUUCAUGAUGUGGUCUCCCGGCCAACAUGCGGUUGAGCUUGAUGUGUAUUAUUCUGAUGAUCGAAAGCUUGGUAAAUCACUUCAUAUAAGUGAUUUAUGCGAUGACGAUACGCUUUCGACAACGAAUAGCUCUAGUAUAGCUGAUAAUGUUCUUAUGAAUAGCGUAUCUACUAUCGCUGGCUCAAGCACUCCUAGACCUAGUAAUGCAUCAAAACUAUCUCAUACACUAGAAAAUAAUACACCUGGAACACUAUCAAAUGGCAACAACCAUCUAAAUUCGACUCCUAUCAGGAUCUCUCCAAACAUGAUAACUGAAUCGCCAUACUUGAACAAUUUCGAUAAAGAUGGUGGAUCACCAAACAGUCUGGCAUACAUAGAUCCUGUUAUUGGACGUGAUCAGCUAAUUGCUGCUAUACAAUCAUAUGUGGAAUCAGAGCAUUUCAAGCAUAAUGGAAAUGUCCUUUUAGACAUCGAGCGUACAUUUUUCAGCAAGCAGGUAGAUAUGUUGAACCGUAAAAACGGUUCCCCCUCGUUAUGCAAAUAGUGAUGUACGUGCUACAUUAGCAUUAGACAUGGAAGUUAAU